AUGCGAGAACACUCUGGACCAGGUGUGCAGAUCAAGGCUGCUGGCGGAGUUCGGACACUAGACGAUUUGCUUCUUGUAAGAUCGUUCGGCGCAACUCGCGUGGGAGCUACUGCGAUUGUUGCUAUAAUGGAAGAAGCUAAGGCGCGGGGCAUCACGGACACGCCAACUGAAAUCACUUUGAAGUCAGUUGUUCAUCUUCAAAGCGGUUAUUAA